AUGAGAGGAUGGUGUGCCAUUCGAAGAAGGACGGAUGAUCGUAGACAGAGCUCCUGGAAUAUUAGGCUUUCCCGAAGUGGCGGAGGGGCGAAACGGGAAUAUCCCGGAAGUGCACUGGAGCAAACGGCGACCUUGAAGGGACCUGCAGACAAAAACCGCCGCAGGAUUUGGAGUGCACAGGACGAAAAGCUUUCGAGGCAUGGGGACUGUCUACGAGUCUGCACCUACAACUGUCGCACCAUUGCCUCGAUAGCCGACCGAACCAUAUUAAUGGAGGCUAGUAAAAGACUUCGUUUCGAUGUCAUCGCUCUCCAGGAAACAAAAGCAAAAGAAACAGCUACCAGGAAGACCAACGAUGGCCACCUAAUUGUUCUCGGAGCCAAACUGAGCGGAAGAAAUGUCGGUGGUGUUGGAUUCCUCGUCCACCAUCGGCUCGAGCACAUGGUCGAUUCAGUCGAAGUGAUCGGCCCGCGACUGGCCAUCCUACGUCUACGCAUCGACAAGCGCACUUUCUGGAGUCUGCUCGACGUCAGCGUGGUGGAUGCAUUCCGCACUGGGAGCGACCAUAGGCUGGUUAGAGCAAAAAUUCGUCUCCGAGCGAGAAUCCGAAGACGCGACUUCUUCCGACCCCCUCCCAUACGGUUGCCACAUUACGACACAAACGCCAUGGAGACGGCCGCCGCUCACUACACGUGGCAGGAGGCGCAAGACUUGUCGCAAGACUAUACCAUGCUCAUAGAAGGACUUCGACAUUGCGCUAUGGCAUCGGCUAUCACAACAAGGACGGAUUCGAAUGGCAGGAUUGACGACAAGGCUCGCGCACUUCUGCAGCAACGCGCUGUCGUCCAUCGUAACCCUGCAUCAACACCAUUGGAGCGCGCCAUAGAAGAGUGGGAGGUGGAACACGCCUUGCGUCAAAUGAAGCCGGGGAAGGCACCAGGACCUGACCGCAUCUCAGUAGACUUUCUGAAGUCGGCGUCCCGCACC